CCUGCCCUAGAGUGAGCCCUAGAAGGGCUUACUGUGGGUCUGGAGUCAGCAGAGAUGGGUCUCAGGCUCUGGCCCUUGGGCUUCGGGGGCCUGCUCUGCCUCUGGACGGCCGCAGGAAGCACGGCUCAAGAAUUGCCUGCCCACCUCUUCUCGGAGGUCUUCUUCUGUCAGCCAGGUGACCCCUCCCUUGGCCUGGCCCAGGCACUGGACCAGGAACCCCUCUUCCGCUUCAACUUCUCCACGCAGCAGUGGCGCUCCAUUCUGCCGGAACUUCAGCCAGAGGAGGGCAACCGCACCUCCUUGGAUCAGGUCCAGCUGCUCGGGGUCAUCUGCCAGGACAUCCUGCAGUUUCUCACCAACAUCUCAGAGGCCUACAUGCCGGAAGCCAAAGGGGCCCCCCAAAUUGAUGUCUUCACCCUCCGGCCGCUGGAGAUGGGCAAACCCAACACUCUGGUCUGUGCUGCCAGCAAUGUCUUUCCACCAACGAUCAGCCUCCACUGGGAGCUGGACGGCCAGCCGGUCUCCAGCAGAGUGUCCACUCCAAGCCAGGUCUCCCCAGUCCAAGGCUGGGUCUUCCAGGCCUUCUCCUACUUGGAGAUCACUCCACAGGAAGGACAGGUCUACAGCUGCACCGCCAGGAGCCCCUCGGACCCCUUCUCCUCCGUGGCCUUUUGGGUCCCCAAGGACCCCCUUGACCCAGAGCUCCUGGCGAAUGUCCUGUGUGGCCUGGCCUUUGGGCUGGGCAUCCUCUCCUCCAUCGCAGGAGCCGUCUUCACCUUCAUGGCCCUCCGGCUCAGGAAUGCAGAGUGAUCUCCUCUGCUGCCUGCAACAAGACAAAGCACCCACGGUAGACAAGUGGCCUCCUCCCCUUCUGCUUCCCAACCCUGACUCUGCCCUUCCUGCCCCACCAGAAAGACAACCGGAUGAUGGGAAUUCUACUCCAGAAUGAAUUCAGCAUGACCCCACUUUCACUAGUGGUAACAAGAAGCCAAGAAUUAUCAUAUUUCAUUACACAAUGUUCAAGGCGAUUCUACAGCUUGAUUGAUAUAAAGCCCAUAUCUGAUAAUUUUCUAGGGAGAAGAGGCAAACCAAGCAGUCAGACCAGCAGAUUGGGAAGGUGGCCUGGUAAUUCUACAUAGACAGCUUAUAAACAAUUAGGCAACAUCUUGCCUUAGAAAAUGUACAUGUUACUGAAGGCAUAUUAUUGGAAGCCUGUGUCUCUAAAUCUAUAUCUGACUUUUUUCCCAUUCAGCAGACUACCCUAAUUUUACCUUCUUGCUGCGAUUCUGUAAUGAGAGUCCCUUUUCUGGACUACCUUAUUAUUUCAGGCUGUAGUCUCGUCUUGGGGUCUGAAUGUUUAUAUGAUUAUGAAAACAUCCACAUUUUGUAUUUCUUCCCAUUUGUUGACCUUCUGGAUAUUAAAGUACCUAAUUAUUACUUUUUUACUCAGUUAUGAGUUUUAUGCCUAGCUGAAUUCUUCAAAAAAACUGGGGACCCUGGAUGAGGGCAAAACUGGGCUCCAUGUUGCUUUCAGACUACACUUUGUCCACCCUGGUUUAAUGUUUGGUACUAAAAGGAAGGGGGGGAGCGGCAUAGGAAUUUGGGGUGACUUGUUUUCUCCUUUUUCAUCCAUCCUAUGCACAUUUGGAAAUGUGUUGUCAUGUGCUUUAAAGUCAUUUCUAACUUACAGUGAUCCUAAGGUGUUUAUAAGAAGGGUUUUCUGGGGCUGAGAGACUAUGACUCUCUCAAGGUCACCCAGGGGGUUUCCAUGGCUGAGAAAGAAAUCAAACCUGAUCUCCAGUUGGAGUCUAAAUCUCAAAGUAUUCCACCACGCUGGCUACUUGUAAAGUAGCCCCACUCAAAAUGUUUUUGAAAAAAAAUAUAGACUUCACACUUGAAAUAACUAUCGAAGCAAAAGAAAUCUAUUUCUUUUUAAAGCCAUUUAGAUCAUAUGUUUAGUCACUACCGUAGAUGGCCCCAAAAGACUCGAUUUGUUUCUUGCAAGCGUUAAUUUCUGAAGUUGUCAUCAGAAAGUUGGAGUGUAAUAUAUACAUUUAGAAUAGAAUUCUCCAACCUGGUUCCUUCCCCUUAUGUUGGACUGUCAUGUUGUUUUAGAAUAGAGAUGGGAAUUGGGAGACCCUUAAUUGCUGUCAGAUCGCAGAAUCCAACCAACUUCCCCAGCACAGCCAAUGGUGAUGAAUGCUAGAAGUUAAAAUCAACAACUGGAGGGUCCCCUCCAUCUAUCUAGCAGCAAAUGAAUAGUAUAUAAUAGAGAUAAGGUGUCUGUAGACCUUCCGGUGGUGUUGGAAACACAUGAACCCUAGUUUAUGGUCAGGGAAAGUGCUAUAAAUCCUAACUACAGGCCAUUUAAAAGGCAGGAAAAUGAAAACAUGCAUGACAAGAAUAGGCUUAGACUAGAAUAGGCUUAGGCCUAUGGUUUGACGAGAGCUCAGAGAUUAUUCAAGUGACUGUCAAUUUUGUAUAGUGAAAACGUCAGGAUAUAACAAAAAUAAAUGUAAAAUAAUCUUAGUCUACCAUCAGCUGAAACAUUCCAGGAAAAACUAUAAGUGUAAAUUUUACCUUUGUAAGUAUGUUCGGUAACAAAACUUUACUACUUGUACAGAAUUUGACUUACAAUAACAAUAUAAAGUCUUUGAGUGAAUAAAAUAACUCAAAAUAAACAGUAUAUUCAGGUAA